AUGGACGAGCUCCAGAAGAAGAUCGACGAGAGGGACGGGUCUCCAGAGCCCCAGGAUGUGCUGUCUUCCCCGUUCGCAAACGCCAUCAUGGAGGAGCCCUUACCUCGAGAUUUUCGCUUUCCCACCAUUAAAGCGUACUCGGGGACCACGGACCCGCGGGCACACCUCACCAGGUACAGGGCCGCCAUGAUGAUCACCGAGGCGACGGACGCCAUCUUAUGCAGGGGUUUCUUCGCCACCCUGGACGGGCAGGCGCAUGACUGGUUCGGAUCCCUCCCGGCGGGGUCCAUCUCCACCUUCGCGGAUCUCACCCGGCAGUUCCUAUCCCAUUUCGCUACCAGCAUACAGCGGAAGAGGCAAAUUGCCGACCUAUGUGAUUUGAAGCAGGGGAGCUCAGAAUCACUAGCCGAGUACCUCAGCAAAUGGAAGAAAGAGGCCAUGGGGGUCGCCAACUUUGAUGGGAAGACCUCAUCAGGUACCCCCCCCAGGACCUAUACCGACCUGAUAGACAAGGCAGCAAGGUAUGCUGACGCCGAGGCUGCCGAGAAGAGGAAGAACGAGCAGGAGGAAGGAAGGGGUCGAAAAGACAAGGCACCCCAGGAGGAGCGCAAGGCGCCGCGGCCACACCGACAUGAGUACGCUGAGGGGCCCAGGUUGAACCCCACACGCUAUCUCACCCCGCUGACACAGCCUGUGGGUACCAUCUUGGCGCACGCGGAGGACCAGGGAAUCGUGGUAUUCCCAAAGGAGGAGUGCAUGAAAAUAUCGGCAAGGGGGGACACCAACAAGUAUUGCAGGUUCCACCGACAGAAGGGGCACGACACAGACGAAUGCAUCCUCCUAAAGAGACAAAUCGAGGAGCUCAUCCAAAUGGGUUACCUCGGCCAGUUCAUUAAGAAGCCCGGCCAGGCGCAAGGAGAGGCACAGGGCCAGAAGCAGGGCAAUGUAUGGAGGAAGGGGGGUGGCCAGGCGCCAUCCACCUCGGCUCCCCGUAAGAGGGACCACCACGACCACAGCUCCGAGGAGGAGGAGAAGACAACUGAGGGGUCGAUCAAUUUGGAGGUGGAGAUAGGCACCAGGUCGAGUUCGUAG